AUGGAUUCGCUUCCUCCCCCAUCACCAUCAUGGACACCCGCGCCUUCAAUUGGCCCUUUGAGCGGCACCACCACAGCGCGUACAUCGCGACGUAACUCUUUCACGUCAAUGCACUCCGUCACAAGCCAUGGAGGAAUUAUGGAGGAAAUCAAGCAUGAGGCUAUGGUCAAUUUUCUUUUCCAACAACAAUGCAAAAAGCUCUGGAUCUCGAACAACGAAGAUGGCAUCGAGGGUGUUCUUGUCAGAAAAUCACGAGGCAACUAUGCCGCCUGCCCACCUUCUCUCGUUGAGUCUGCGCUUGGCUACUACGCCUCGCUCAUCAACCUUCCGGUUGUCAUCACGGUCAACUCGCGCGUUAUCCAGACAUUUGUACAGUACACACCAAACGCCACCGACGUUCCUCUCGGCAAGGGUCUUCACAUCCAGAUUCUUCCCUCAAUCGAUGACCUGCCUAAGGCACGCAAGAACCAGGGCGCUGCUUUCCUUGCACAGGAGCAGCUUCUCCUUGUCUGGGAUGACGACCCAAACGCUAUUUUCGGUCGCGCGACACACAUUGAAGAUGAGCUUAUGAAGCUUGUCUGGAGAGCCGGCGAGAGUGAAGAGGAAGAUGAGGAAGCCACCAACGAGAAGAAGGGCCCUGCAGUGGUCGAGACUGAGAUUGAUGAAGAGACUGGCGAGUACAAGCCUGAGAACCGUCCCACCAACAUCAUGAACGGUGCCCUCGUCGGAUGUACUCUCGUCCUCAUCACCAUCAUGUUGGGUCUCGGAUUCAAGCAGAUCGCUGUUCAGGUCAUGGUUGACCAGAACUACAUCCGCUGCGCUUUCCUGCUCCUCAUCCCCGUCCAGAUCUUCUUCACCCUCUUCUUCGCCCAGGUUGUCGUCGGUUGUAUCGCGCAGAUGAUUGGUCCUAUCCGACAGAUGAAGAGCAACUCCCGCUACUACUCUGCGCUCCUGCCCCGUCGCAUUACCGGCAAGCUCCCCCACAUCACUGUUCAGUGCCCUGUCUAUAAGGAGGGUCUUCACUCUGUAAUUGCACCCACCGUCAAGUCGCUGAAGGCUGCCAUGGCCACCUACGAGCUUCAGGGUGGAUCCGCCAACAUCUUCAUCAACGAUGAUGGUCUUCAGAUUAUCGACGAGGAGGAGCGUCAAGCACGUAUCGAGUUCUACCAGGACCACAGCAUCGGCUGGACUGCCCGUCCUAAGCACGGCGAGGAUGGUUUCGUCCGUAAGGGAAAGUUCAAGAAGGCCUCCAACAUGAACUUCGGUCUCAUGCUGAGCAACAACGUCGAGGAGAAGCUCGCUGUGAUUCAGCGCGACGAGUCUUGGACCCAGGAUGAUGAGGCCAAGGAGUACGAUCGCUGCCUGAAAGAGGUCGUUGAGGAGCACGGCCGGGCCUGGGCUGAUGGCAAUAUUCGUGUCGGUGACUAUAUCAUUCUUAUCGACUCCGACACCCGUGUGCCCGUCGACUGUUUCCUCGAUGCUGCCUCUGAGAUGGAGCAGUCCCCCGAAGUCGGUAUUAUGCAAUUCUCGUCCGGUGUCAUGCAGGUCGUCCACGACUACUUUGAGAACGGUAUCACUUUCUUCACCAACAUGGUCUAUACUGCUAUUCGUUACACUGUCGCCAACGGCGACGUCGCUCCUUUCGUCGGACACAACGCUAUUCUUCGCUGGGCUGCCGUUCAGCAGGUUUCGUACUUCGAUGAGGAUGGCUACGAAAAGUUCUGGUCUGAGUCUCACGUUUCCGAGGACUUCGACAUGUCCCUGCGUCUCCAAGUCAACGGCUACAUCAUCCGUCUCGCAGCCUGGGCCGGCGAGGGUUUCAAGGAGGGUGUGUCUCUGACUGUCUACGACGAGCUUGCUCGGUGGGAGAAAUACGCCUACGGUUGCAACGAGCUUCUGUUCCACCCUAUGCGCUUCUGGAUCACCCGGGGACCCUUCACCCCUCUGUUCCGCAGCUUCUUGUUUUCCAACAUCCGUUUCACAUCGAAGGUUACCAUUAUCUCCUACAUUGGUACUUACUACGCCAUUGGUGCCGCCUGGAUCAUGACACUGGCCAACUACUUCGCCGUCGGUUGGUUCAACGGCUACCUUGACAAGUACUACCUCGACUCCUGGAAGGUCUGGUUCUCCAUUGUCAUCGUCUUCACUGGUCUCGGUAACUUGUCCCUCGCCAUCAUGCGAUACCGCGUCGGCGACAAGGGUUUCUUCGCCUCACUCUUCGAGAACAUCAAGUGGAUCCUCAUGAUGGCUACUUUCCUCGGCGGCCUCUCCCUGCACGUCUCCUCCGCUCUUCUUGCUCACAUGUUUGAGUACAACAUGCAGUGGGGUGCCACCUCCAAGGAAGCCGAGUUCUCCAACUUCUUCAUUGAAGUUCCCAGGGUUUUCAAGAGUUUCAAGUACUCGAUUGCCUUCGGUGUCAUCGGCAUCGCUGGCAUGAUUGUCCUCGCUGUUGGUCCCUUCAUUCCCUACGGCUGGCAGAUCACCGAUUUCGUCGCCAUCCUGCCCAUGGCAAUGGUUUGCGGAUCGCAUUUGCUCCUUCCCAUCGCGCUGAACCCCGCGCUCAUGACUUUUACCUUCUAA